AUGCAUUCUCUUAAGGGCUGUUUUUGUUUGAAGAAAAGUAGACAUCUGCUUGAGACCCAUGAUACUCUUGCUUCGGAAACUUGUUUUAGUGUGAAUGAUGUGGAGGCCUUAUAUAUUCUAUACAAGAGACUAAGCAGAUCAAUAAUUGAUGAUGGUCUUAUUCAUAAGGAAGUGUUUGUGCAAGCACUUUUCAGCUGCAGCCACAGGCAGAAUCUUUUUGCAGAUAGAUUGUUUGACGUAUUUGAUGUUAAGCGUAAUGGAAUUAUUGAAUUUGGAGAAUUUGUUCGAUCACUUAGCAUAUUCCAUCCAAAGGCUCCUCAACAAGACAAAAUCACAUUUGCAUUUAAAGUGUAUGACUUGAAGAACACCGGAUACAUAGAACGCGAUGAGGUGAAGGACAUGGUAUUGGCUAUCCUCGAAGAGUCAAAAUUGACACUAGCAAAUGACACCAUUGAAGCAAUGGUCCAUAAGACUAUUGAAGAAGCAGAUCUAAAUGGUGAUGGACGGAUUGAUCCAAAGGAGUGGAAGGAAUUAGUAAGGAGAUAUCCUUCUUUAAUAAAUAAUAUGACCCUCCCAUACUUAGAGGAAGUAACUGUACUAUUUCCAUGCUUUGUCAUUACAAGUAAAGUUCGAGACUCACAAUUGGUAUUUGGAAACUGAUCCAUCCCUACAAACAA